CUUCCCGCUCGCAUAUCCUUUCAAAUCCAAAUCGAAGAUCCAAAACAAACUUCCUUCCUCCAUCUCCAAAUUCACUCGCUCAUACUCAUUUCUACUCCCAAAUUUCGUUCCCUCAUUCCGAUUGCCGUCGCUGGCGUCAUGGAGUCCGAUAUUUCUCUCAUUGAAGUCGCCGGUGAAGACGAUUCUCUACUGCAACAGAUUCCAGAAGACGAUCUUCUAAACCUUGAACGGAAAAUGGAAGGGAGUACAGCUGGAAACAGCGGUUUCUUCUUGUGUUCGCCUCUCUUAACUGACAGAUCCAACGCCACUAUUGCUGGUUCUUCUACUGCUUCUGCCGAUUAUACGGAUAAAGAAAAUAUUAAUGCAAACAAUAUAGAAGGUCCUAAGCUUAAUAUUAUGCCGCAACAGAUGAAGAAGAAGAAAGCAGGAGGAUAUAACUUACGGAAAAGCUUAGCAUGGAACAAAGCUUUCUUCACCGAAGAAGGAGUUUUGGAUUCCGUUGAGCUAUCGAUGAUCACUGGUAGUACUAGUAGAUCUUGUGGUGAAGCAUUGGGAGCAAUCGACGAAGAAAUACCGGCGGAAUCUAGUAGUGGCUGUUAUAAUGAUUUUUCGUCGAAAGAUAAAUUAUUCAAGGAUACGUCAACUUGUACUCCAAGUGCUGGUAGAAAGAAUGGCCGUUGCUUGUUGCCAAAGCGUGGUUCAUCAACUAAAGAUAAUGUCAAGUUGAAGGAGCCAUCAGCCAAAGAUUUCAAUAGGAGCGGAUCAAAACGAGGAAGCUGUCGGCGACCUGCGGCCUCAUCGUCUGUCAAAAGGCCUAUAAUCUCAACUGCAACAAAAACUGUGAACAAAGAAGAGAGAAUUUCCAGAAUUCCAGUUCCAAAACGUGAUCCUAUUUCCACAACUAUCUCUAGGGCUCCAAGGAAUGCUGCUUCUAUACGUGCAAGUGACGCAAAGAGUAAUCCGGUUGUUCAAAGAGUUAAUCAGGUUGCUCAAAGAGCUGGCAGUAUUCCAAAAAUGACUACGUUAAAGGGCCCGUUCAUCAACGCAAAAAGGGCAUUAAACAAGGACGUCAAUGCAAGUAAAUCUUUGAAGGCUAAAAGCUCACUUGAACAACCGAGAAUAAAAUUGGCUAACCCAGUAUUAAAAGUGAAUUCCUCGCGUUCACAAUACGGAUCUACUGAUUCAAAUGAGGGGGUAAAGGCGGCGACAAAUUCAUUAAUUUCAAAACCUAGUUCUUUAAAUGAUGACGGCACCAAGAAAGUUUCUGCUUCCAUUACUCAAAACGCUGCCUCUGAUGGUCGCAGCAUACUUAAUCAAACCCAAAUGCCAAAGCCGUCUGGUCUUCGAAUGCCAUCACCGUCUAUGGGAUUUUUUGGUCAGAAAAAGGUUUCUUCAUUCCAAAGCGUGCCCCCAGAUAAUUCAGAAUUCCACGAUAUAUCUAAAUCCAGUAUUCCCAAUGUGAGACUAGCUGGUCCUUCAAACCCUAUUUGUCAGUUGGCAACACUUGUACCUAAAAACGUUAUGAAAGCACACCAUGGUGAGGCUUCUGGAGAAACUAAUGUAGUUUCCUGCUUAGGCUCGGGUAGUUCACUAGAACCUGUUUCCCAUGAUAAAGCGAAGUCCGCCUUGAAAGUAGCUAACAUUCAUUCAGGGAAAAUGAAUGUAUCUGGCGCUUCUACAAUGAACAAGGUUUUGAGCAUCCAUGAACUUGAGAAGCCUGAUGUUCGGUCCCUUUCUAAUGCUGUGCUGGAUCAUCUUGGAGAUGUUGCUAGAAUAAAUGAUGAGAUUCACGACCAAUUAGAUGAGUGCCAACCCCAUCGUGUGUCAUUUAACUUUGGUGAUUCUACCGAAUCACAUCUUGAUGAAACAAACGAUUUGUGCUUGCUAGGGAUGCGAAAGGCUCUUGAUGAUCCUUUAAGUGGGGUGCAAGAUUGCUAUGACCAAUCUUCCGAGCAAGUUGAGCUUACAAACUCUUCUAAUUUUAAGAUUGAACGAACUUCUCCUGAUCACGAGAGGUUGGGAAUUGGAAUUUCUAAUUCACUGAAGAGAAGUAGAAGUUCGAUAGAAUUCGACCAUGGUAGAUUUGAAGAUGUUAGUAAUGAAUCCAACGGUCAGGAGAGAUGUUCAUUUGAACAGGAUGAAGCCUUCGAAACUCAUAAGGUGAGAGUAUUACGGACGAGGAAAGCAGAAGCUUCUGACUUAGAUCAUUGCAUUUCAAAUGAAUGCAAAAACUCUAUGCAGAGCACUUCUGUACUGUGUAACUCAGACUCGAUGCAUAUUGAUGAUGAAAUAACAACCGGUACAACGUCGAAUAGUGAAGCAGUGCAAGGAAACAGUUGUUCUCUAGCGUCUCAGAACGAUUAUACUUCCCGUGAGAACAAGCAUUUGACAAGAGAAAACAAUGACGUCAGUGAAUGUAAACUGGACAGUGAGAAUGAUUGUGCUUCGAUUCCACAUUCAACAGGAGAUGCUUGCUUAGAUAGUGACCGGGUCAACAGGAAUUGCAAAAGUCGUACAGAUGAGAUGGUAGACAUUGGAUCAGAUAUGCAGCAGAAUAACGCUUCCUUGGAAGUAGGAAGGAAUCAUAAUGAUCGUGGUGGUGUAGAAAUUGCCUGCUAUGCUGAAGCUGCUGAAACUGUACCAAUAAGCCGAGAUUUACGUUCAAAUGAUACGGAAAGUCAGCUGUAUGAAGCCCAUAUAUGCAUUGAACCCGAGCAUGUACAGAAUGAAGACAAACAAAAUUUUCCUGUUCUAUCCUCAGUUAGUGAUUUUGAUCAACUACCUGGAUUUUCUGCACUUCAAAAUUGUUGCAUUGACCAGGUAGAAGAUUCCCCAAAAAACAACCAAGGGAACUGCUCAAUUGAUGACUUGUUGCAUAGAAGCAGUUCUGAAGAGAACAACAAAGAAAUUAUAAUUGAUAGUGUCAUUGAUAGUUCUGAAUCUUCGGAUGUAUGCCCGCCAGAAUGUCCAACCAAUUGUGACCCACCCAAGGAUAAUUGCAGUACACAUGAGGAGAUACGUGAAACAAGGACAGGAGACAACAUUUUAGGGUCUUUGGAGAUUGAAGCGUCAUUAAGACGUUCAAGUUGUUCGACUGCUAAAUCAUCUGAGUUUGGCAAAGUACCAAGUGGUGAAGGUACAUCUGAGACAAUGAGUAAAGAAAUUGUUUCUGAAGGAAGAACGACCUACGAUGAUAAGACGUUUUGUUCUCCAACUAAAGAUUUGUGUUUGUUAAUAGCCAACGAUGACAUAUCGGCUUGUGAAAAUGUUCAACAGUAUGGAAGAGAUAAAGAACUGGACAAUCUUAAGUCUCCAGAGAUGAAUGGAACCACACUAUGUCAAAACAAAAGCGAGCUUAGAAGCAGAAACAGUGAAAUGCAUUAUGUCAACGACAAUGCACAAUUAGAAACUGAAAUGUGCAGUACGUACAACGACAAUGCACAAUUAGAAGCAGGAACAAUUAUCGAACAGUAUAUGGAAGCAAAAGAACUCGAGAAUCAAGAGAUGACCAGAAACACAUUAUGUCAAAACGAAAGUGAAAUCAACAGUGCAACAUAUCAUCUACUUGACACUGAGAUGUGCUGUACAUACAACGACAAUGCACAAUCAGAAGCAAUAACAACUUGCAACGAUUCAUCGCUUUGUCGAUCAACUAAAGAUUUGGGUUCAUCAAUACCCAAUGAAGACGUAUUAUCAAGGGAAAAAAUUGAAGUAUAUAUGGAAGCUAUAGAAGUGGAGAAUCAUAAGUCUCCAAAGAUGAACGGAAACUUAGUGUUUCAAAAUGAAAAUGAGCUCAACAGUGAAAUGCAUCAACUCCUCGGUACCGAAACAUGCAGUACACAUGACGACAAUUCACAAUCAUUGGAGCUUAGAAAGUCCGAGGCUGUCGGGAAGCAAAAUGUUAUGGGAAUUAAUACUUCAACAAAUGCUGUUCCAUUUUCUGAAGAAUGGUUGGCUGCACUUGAAGCUGCUGGAGAAGAAAUCCUGACCAUGAAAACCGGAGCUGUACAAAAUUCACCUCCCGAUAAGUCUCAACCUGAACCAGGCCCAUGGUCUCCGGUGAAACGGAAAAAUAAUCAAGGGAUCGGACCGUUCGAUUGUACAAAAUGUACCAAAGCGGGCCUAACUCCGUGAGUCUCUGUUAGCUAAGAAUGCCUUCCUUCCUAUUUUUCCCACUAACGGUCUGACUGACUACUCCUUUUGUUCGAAUACCGAGACGCACCUUGUGGAGGUAAAAACAAAAGUUAUCCUGUUCAGUUCCUCCUCCCUAUGUUGUUGAACCCCCAAUGACAAACAUUAACCAAGAAAUAUUCUUUCUUUAGAAUUCAUUCACAAUCGAAUAACUUUUAGUUUAA